GCUGAGCCACUAGCUCCGCUCCGACGCGCUUCUCUCCAGAUACUCCGGGAGCUCCAGCCGCGCGGAUCGGGCGUUCCCACCGCUCUGUACCCAAACUUCAGCUGCAGCUACAUUCCAAGCCACCUAAUUUAUUCCUCAAAAAUCAGAAACGGAGCCGCGACACGGGGAAGGAGUCCGCGGAGGAGUAAAACAACAGCAGGGCAAGAAGAGCUCCAGAGAGCUGCCUCACCGGCGCAACAGCUAGGCAUCGGUUGUGUAGGAACCAACAAGUGAGAAGGCGCCGCGUUCCCGGGGCGCAGCCGCGGGCGGCGGGAGCAGGCGCAGCAGGAGGAAGCGAGAGCCCGGAGCCCGAGCUCCCGAGCCCGAGCCGCGGUCACUGCGGCUGCUCUGCUCCGGUCCUUCUGCGCAGGCUGCGCCGGGCGCUGGGCGAGAGACUUCGUUUUUCCCUCGUUGCAAAGCGGCGGCUGGGAGCAGCCGCUACCCGGGGAAUAUGCGGCGCGCUUGGAUCCUGCUCACCUUGGGCUUGGUGGCCUGCGUGUCGGCGGAGUCGCGGGCAGAGCUGACGUCUGAUAAAGACAUGUACCUUGACAACAGCUCCAUUGAAGAAGCUUCAGGAGUGUAUCCUAUUGAUGACGAUGACUAUGCUUCUGCAUCAGGCUCGGGAGCUGAUGAGGACGGAGAGAGUCCAGAGCUGACCACGUCUCGACCCCUUCCAAAGCUUCUGUUCACUAGUGCUGCUCCGAGAGUGGAAACCACGACUCUGAACAAGAUACAGAAUAAGAUCCCCGCUCAGACAAAGUCACCUGAAGAAAUUGAUAAGGAAGAAGUUCACCUCUCUGACUCAGAAAGGAAAAUGGACCCAGCUGAAGAGGCUACAAAUGUGUAUACUGAGAAGCACUCAGACAAUCUGUUCAAACGAACAGAAGUCCUGGCAGCUGUCAUUGCUGGCGGAGUGAUCGGCUUUCUCUUUGCAAUUUUCCUUAUCCUGCUGUUGGUGUAUCGCAUGAGAAAGAAGGAUGAAGGAAGUUAUGACCUUGGAGAACGCAAGCCAUCCAGUACUGCUUAUCAGAAGGCACCUACUAAGGAGUUUUAUGCGUGAAAACUCCCAUUUAGUGUCUCUAUUUAUGAGAUCACUGAACUUUUAAAAAUAAAGCUUUGGCAUAGAAUAA